CUUCUGCAGUUUGAUGCACCUGGUGAAACUGGAUUUGAGUAAAAAUCGGCUUCAACAGCUGCCCUUGGACUUUGGCCGCCUGGUCAAUCUGCAGCACCUGGACCUUCUGAACAACCGUUUAGUCACCCUGCCAGUCAGCUUUGCACAGCUCAAGAACCUGAAGUGGCUGGAUCUGAAGGACAAUCCCCUGGAUCCUGUCCUAGCUAAAGUAGCAGGAGACUGUCUGGAUGAGAAGCAGUGUAAACAGGCUGCUGUCAAGGUACUGCAGCACAUGAAAGCGAUCCAGUCUGAGCAGGAUCGACAACGGCAGCGGAAGCUCCAAGCAGAGCGAGAAAUGGAGAAGAAGCGUGAAGCAGAACAGCGAGCAAAGGAGGCUCAGGAGAGGGAACUGAGGAAGCGAGAGAAAGCAGAAGAAAAGGAACGCAGAAGACGGGAGUAUGAUGCUCAGAAAGCUGCAAAACAGGAGAUGGAAAAGAAAACUAAAAAAGAAACUGUGCAGACACGAAAGCCCGCCUCCGGUUCUCGUCCCCCUCAGCCGCCCCGGCACAAGCACUCCUGGUCGCGGUCGGUGCUGCGGGUCCUGCUCGUUGUGCUGCUGUGCGUCCUCUGUACUUUGGCCGCCUGCAAGCUAACAGAGCUGCAACGUCAACCUCUGUGCAUCAGCGUGAACACUCUCUACGAGGACGUGUUAGCCGCUCUGCAAAACCACAAAACCCUGCAAAACAUGCUACAACAGAACUCGCAGCAGUGAUUGUCCUGGAUGGGCACUUGCUUCAUCAGCAUCUCCCUCCACCAUCUACGCAGCCAGAAUUCCUAUGGAAUUGUGUUCUGAUGAAACUGCUUUGACUCAGUCAGCAUUGGUUUGCUGGUCCACUCCACACAGAGCAGUUAUUGUUCAGAUCAUCUUUGCUGUGCAUGUUUCGCAGUUGGCCUGUAACUCCCAUCAUUUGCCCACGUUAACUUAAACUUGUUAACGCUUCUUACCUC